AUGAAUGUAAAAAAUAAGCUAUGGCUUACUUUUGGUGCAUCAUUGGCAUUCCUUAUAAUAGGAUUAGUUAGAGGAUAUUCUGCCUCGGCUAUACCAUCGAUGGAGAAUUUAGAUCCCUCUCUUAUACAGCACAGUGAACAAAAGUCAUGGAUUGGUGCGAUUCCGCCGUUGGGAGCGUUCGUGGGUAGUAUGCUGUCAGGACCUCUGAUGCAGCGUGCUGGAAGGAAACGGACCUUGCAGCUAACGGCACCACUUUGGGCAGCUGGCUGGUUGAUACUUGGUUUUUCUUCCAACUUCUCUCUCAUCCUAGUCGGCAGAAUGAUAUCCGGCCUUUGUGUAGGACUUGUUCUUGCACCGGUACAGGUUUAUGUUAGCGAAUGUUGUGAUCCCGAGAUUCGUGGACGGCUCGGCUCUCUUCCAACCUUAUCUAUGUCGCUUGGUAUACUCAUCUCUUAUAUUGCUGGCAGCUGGCUCUACUGGCGGCACCUGGCUUUUCUGUCUGCUUCAUUCUGUGCGGCAUUGUUUGUGGUGUUGUUGCCACUUCCCGAGUCACCAGUAUGGCUGAAAUCAAGGGGCCUCGAUAAUACUCCGGCUGUGAAAUGGCUUCAUUUAUCUGAACACGCCAUCAAAACUGUUGAUAAUAAAGAAGAAACCGUUCAAACGGUGUCCAAGUGGGAAAAAGAAGAGGAACCAAAAAGUCUUUUUACUCGCAACGUUUUCCUUUCAUCGUGUGUUAUGAAGCCGCUUAUUAUUGGUUUCUCACUUCUCUUCUUCCAACAAUUCAGCGGCAUUGACUCCAUUAUAUUUUUCACCGUGGAAAUCUUCGAAUCUGCUGGUAGCACCCUCAAUGCCAUGACAGCCACCAUCAUCGUCGGUGUGGUGCAAUUGUUUAGCUGCGGCGUGAGCACUAUGCUUGUAGAUCGAGCGGGUCGUCGACCUUUGCUGCUUCUCUCAUCUGUCAUCAUGUGUCUCUCAAUGUUGUCAAUGGGAUGUGCAUUUUACUUCAAGUUCGAACAAGAUUCCAUACUUGGGUACCUGCCGAUAGUGAGUCUGGUGGUGUUUAUGAUCGGUUUCUCUCUUGGAUUCGGUGGUCUUCCAUUUCUGUUGUUGGGUGAGCUGUUUCCAGCUCAUUACCGGUCACAGCUCUCAGCGAUGGCCAGCGCAGUCAAUUUACUUUCUAUGUUCACCGUCAUCAAGUCCUACCACGCUUUGGAGCACGUGUUGACAUCUGCGGGAACAUUUUGGAUGUAUGGUUGUUUCUCUGCCCUGGCCUUUGUUUUCGUCCUUACAAUGGUGCCAGAAACCAAAGGAAAAUCUCUUGCUGAAAUUGAAGAACAUUUUCGAGGCAAGAAGCUUAAGGAGACGCUUGAUUUAAAUACGAUACAGACAAAAUUUUAA